CAGAAAUCGCCGUCAACUUCCUUUGUUCUUAUCCGUCCUAUCGCAUAUAUCGGAGACCAUACGUAACGACGCAGCCGGAAAUCCCACCUACUUCCAAGCGUCCAACGCCAUAGGGAAUCAAUUCGAAUCACCGGCGUUUUGAUUUCAGAUUACUUUAGGUUAUCCAUUUGAAAUGCCUUUUCUUUCUAACCAUUUCUCUCUCUCUCUGUUUAAAUUUCUUCAUUAUUGAAUUGGUGUCUGUUUGGGAUUCUAGUGGAUAUCCCGGAAAUUUUGGGUUCUGGUGGAUAAUUAAGAGCGUAAGUUAGAGAAGAUAGGUGAUUUGAAGAGCAUUUCUCCGCAUGGUGUAAGAAUUUCUAAAGUAAUGCUUAUUGCAUGUUGAAUGGUCAGCUUUUGAUAAGAUAAGGACGAAAUUCAGAUCAGUAUAACAAUUUUGAACUUUGACUCAAACAUGAAGUUCUUGGAAUACGCUCUUCUAGACAGCAUAAAUGAUUUCCUUAGUCAUAUAAAUCUUGGGGAGUGUACCAUCAAAGGAAAACUCGAAGCUUAUUCUUGCAAACAAAUCGGAGUAGAUAGGAAGCUGUCUCUUAGUUUGGAGCAUGAGAUUCUUGAUUAUCUUGGAAAAUCUUCAGACAGUGACUCCCCAUCUUCUGCUGAAUUCUUGUCUAGUAGAUCCAGCCGAAAGACAUUGGUUUAUCUGAUUCUUACACUCAGUCACAUGUAUCCAGAUUAUGAUUUCAGUGCCUUGCGAGCUCAUCAAUUCUUUAGAGAGGAAGAAUUGGACAGUUUCAGGCUUAUGUUUGACACCUACAUGUUUGAAGCAUCAAAGGAAUGGGCUGAGAUUAAUGGGGGCAGCCCCUUGCUGGAAAGUUUGUACAAAACUCUUGAUGAGGUUGUAAAACUAGCAGAAUGUGAGAUAUACAGUUACAAUCCAGACUCCGAUGGAGAUCCUUUCUUGGAGAGAGGAGCCAUAUGGUCAUUCAAUUUCUUCUUCUAUAAUAGAAAGCUGAAGCGUGUCGUGAGCUUCCGUUGCUGCUGCUUAAGCAAUUUAGUAGCAGAUGGAUUUCUGACAGAUGACUUGAGUGACGAAGAAGAUGGAGAUAUAUUUGACGACAUGGACAUGUGAGAUGCUUGACAAAAUGUUAUAUAUACGGUUAAAAGUCCUUAUCCUGCUGUUGUUGUAAAUAACCAAGCCACGCUUAUAGAAAAUAAAAGCCCAGGAAGGCCGACCUCAGAGUCACCUCAAGAUAGAAUGUAGCUCACUGUCGUUUUGAACGGGUCCAUAACAAGAUCAGCAUGUAAAUGAUAGUUCAUGCAUUUCCCAACCUUCUCUGAAUAGUAGUAUCCCUGAAAAAUUCUUAAUGUAGCUUACUGUCGCUUUAAAUGGGACUUUACGUUAUUAACAUGUGACUGAUAUUUGGUGUGUUUCC